CCCUCCACACCGUUCAGUCUUGCUCCCUCCCUCUUUCUCUCUCCACCACCACCACCACCAACUCAACCCACUGCCUCUUCUCCCUCCGCUGCGGACCUACCGAAGCCACUGCAGUGAACCGUCGACUGAAACACCGAGAACAAAAUCCGAGCGACGCGCUACUGCGACUUCCUCGCUCCGAAAAAUAACCGUCACCGACAGCGACAGCUCAGUUCCGUGAGAUCCUGCACAAGGCGAAGACAACCCCGGCGACAGAAUGGGAAAUGAGGCGAGUUAUCCCUUGGAGAUGUGCUCACACUUUGACGCUGAUGAGAUUAAAAGACUAGGAAAGCGGUUUAAGAAACUCGACCUGGAUAACUCGGGCUCUCUCAGCGUGGAGGAGUUUAUGUCUCUACCCGAGUUGCAGCAGAACCCACUGGUGCAGCGAGUCAUAGAUAUAUUCGACACAGACGGCAAUGGAGAAGUGGACUUUAAAGAGUUCAUUGAAGGUGUCUCUCAGUUCAGCGUCAAGGGCGACAAGGAGCAGAAGCUCCGCUUUGCGUUCAGGAUUUAUGACAUGGAUAAGGACGGCUACAUAUCCAACGGUGAGCUUUUCCAGGUGCUGAAGAUGAUGGUAGGGAAUAACCUGAAGGACACCCAGCUACAGCAGAUCGUCGACAAAACCAUCAUCAACGCAGACAAGGACGGGGACGGGAGGAUAUCCUUCGAGGAGUUCUGCGCUGUGGUUGGUGGCUUAGACAUUCACAAAAAGAUGGUGGUGGAUGUGUGAAGAGACGAAACAGGCCCUUCACUGAACACCCUCUUUUUCACUUCUCCAUUUCUGAGAAUCAGCUCCAGAUGUUCCGCUAACACACUCUCUCUUCUCUCUCUCUUCUCUCUCUCUCUCUCUCUCUCUCUCUCUCUCUCUGUCGCUCUUUUUCUGUCUUUCUUUCAAUGGAAGUAUUUCUCUGAAUGAUGCCUCUGUUCCCCGUCUGUACUCCCUGAGCCUUGUGACGCCUGCCAUCCUAAGUGUUAUAGAGCAUGAGAUUCUUCUGUCCACAUUCUCGGGUAUUUGAGGACAGUCAGAGAGACAAUGUCUCCGUCGAUUACCGAGCGAUUCAGUGUGGUGGAGAAGGAAGAGAGGAGGGUGUGUGUGUGUGUGUGUUUGUAUGCAUGUGUGUACGUUCUUUAUUUUUCUUUUUGAAGGGGGGGAUUUUUUUGUAUUUAUUUUGGUCCUGUCUUUUUUAAAGAUGAUCUAGGUCUACAGGGAAUAUGUGUAUGUGAGCGAUGUAUGACUUGACACUUGAUUUCAGUGCAACACGCUUCAAGCAUGAAGUGCCAAUCGAAACAUACGUGGGAUUUAACAAUAGCUGAAUAUUGAAAUCGCUAUCUGAUGUUCUUCAUGUCAUGGGGAGAUUAAAAAAAAGUUUAUUAACAAGCUUAUUGUUUUUUGUUUCCACCUCUUUUGGUUUGAUAUCUGCUUCAGAUCUCACGCAAAAAUGCAAGUCCGAUUCGAAUUUUCUACCGAGAACGUGUGCGUGUAUGUAAACGUGUGCUGUGUUAAUAUUGUCAGGGAGUUCAUCUACCGUCUUGCUUUCUGAUAUACAGUAGACUAGGAAAAAAAGUAAAUAUAUUUGAAGUUGUGCACAUAUAUACGUAUGGUUUACUUUUUAAGAAAGGUGUUUUAUCGCAGGGGUCGGGUGGGGAGGGACGAUCAGAUCACACCACAUAUUACUGUAGGAUGGAACACAGUGCCAUCAGUAAACUUUCUCAACUUUUUUUGUGUGUGUGUUCUGGAUUUAUUACCAUUUUAACACAGCAAACGAGUCAUUUUGAUUUACCUCUCGACAUUGUAGUUACAUAUGAGGAUACAGUGCAUAUUGUGGCAAACUGACUCCACAAUAACACCUGAUUUGAAUAUUUGUUUGUGGAAAUUUAAGGUUAAUUUUUCCAACUUGACUGCAGGCAGCAUUGUAAAGAUCUUAGUAGCUCAUAUUUGUAUAUUAGGGAUUGAAGGACUGAAUGUGUGUUUUGUGGGUUCGGGUUUUUUAAGCUUUAAUCGAGUUGGUUCGCAGCAUGUUAUCGUCGAAGUAGGCAAAACCAGACCAGACUGACCAUCAGUUUCUCUCUUUUCCUUCGUCAUUUCAAAGACUGGUCGAUGGGAUUCGAUUUGUUCAAAAAGGAGAGACCAAACUAAACGCUGUCAGCGCGGAUGAAUAAACUCGAAGCGUUCAGGCACUCCGCUAGUUUGCUUUAAAUGUGAAUCUCCCGCGCAAACCGGCGUUUCGCGCCAUCUGCUGCACGGUGAAGGCGCUUGUAUGUCUUUCCCGAAGACCGUUGAGGUCUCGUGAUGUGCUUGCAUGAUACGGGAGGGUUUCUCUCUCUAUUUUUUUUUUCUUUCUAUUGUGCAUGUAGAUCUGAUUUUUUUUUUUUUUUUUUUUUUGGGGGGGGGGGGGGGGAUUCUCUUGUUUACAUAUGAAUCGUACUAUUGAGAUAUUAUAAUCUGAAUGACAGUUACAUAUAAAUAUAUGGACGUUGCCAAACUUUUGGUAAAUGUUUAAAUAUGGAAAUGAUUUUAAAGCGAGUUUCUUCACUACAUUUAUCCAUAAAUAUUAUUCUUCUGAAAAUAAAAAAAUAAAAAUGUGUGAGUUAUUCUGGAUUGGUGUCCGUCACUCCCAGCGAAGCUUCUUUUUGUUCUUUCCUCUUUUAAAAAAAGGGGGAGUUAGAUUUUAUUUUUAUUUUUUUCCUUUUCUGUUAAUGGUUUGGUUGAAUUUUUUUGUACAGAAUGUGUUUAUUGAUGCUUCUUGCUUUCGGUUCUGUUUUUUAUUUCUUUAGCUGGGGGUCAGACAGCCAUCUAUAUAACUCAGUGUGGUGGGUUUUUGGACAAAGGAAACAUACAAAGUGAAUGAAAACGUUUCGCUUUUAGGUUUAACGUUUUGUUUCUUUCUUCAUUUCUCUGCAUGCUGCGUCAUAUGCUGUGGGAACCAUUGAAAUGUCAUUCAUGAAAAUGAGAAAUAAAAUAUUUGAGACUUGUA